AUGGCCGUGGUACACGAAGGCAAGGCGAAGAAGGCAAGGCGAAGAAGGCAAGGCGAAGAAGGCAAGGCGAAGAAGGCAAGGCGAAGAAGGCAAGGCGAAGAAGGCAAGGCGAAGAAGGCAAGGCGAAGAAGGCAAGGCGAAGAAGGCAAGGCGAAGAAGGCAAGGCGAAGAAGGCAAGGCGAAGAAGGCAAGGCGAAGAAGGCAAGGCGAAGAAGGCAAGGCGAAGAAGGCAAGGCGAAGAAGGCAAGGCGAAGAAGGCAAGGCGAAGAAGGCAAGGCGAAGAAGGCAAGGCGAAGAAGGCAAGGCGAAGAAGGCAAGGCGAAGAAGGCAAGGCGAAGAAGGCAAGGCGAAGAAGGCAAGGCGAAGAAGGCAAGGCGAAGAAGGCAAGGCGAAGAAGGCAAGGCGAAGAAGGCAAGGCGAAGAAGGCAAGGCGAAGAAGGCAAGGCGAAGAAGGCAAGGCGAAGAAGGCAAGGCGAAGAAGGCAAGGCGAAGAAGGCAAGGCGAAGAAGGCAAGGCGAAGAAGGCAAGGCGAAGAAGGCAAGGCGAAGAAGGCAAGGCGAAGAAGGCAAGGCGAAGAAGGCAAGGCGAAGAAGGCAAGGCGAAGAAGGCAAGGCGAAGAAGGCAAGGCGAAGAAGGCAAGGCGAAGAAGGCAAGGCGAAGAAGGCAAGGCGAAGAAGGCAAGGCGAAGAAGGCAAGGCGAAGAAGGCAAGGCGAAGAAGGCAAGGCGAAGAAGGCAAGGCGAAGAAGGCAAGGCGAAGAAGGCAAGGCGAAGAAGGCAAGGCGAAGAAGGCAAGGCGAAGAAGGCAAGGCGAAGAAGGCAAGGCGAAGAAGGCAAGGCGAAGAAGGCAAGGCGAAGAAGGCAAGGCGAAGAAGGCAAGGCGAAGAAGGCAAGGCGAAGAAGGCAAGGCGAAGAAGGCAAGGCGAAGAAGGCAAGGCGAAGAAGGCAAGGCGAAGAAGGCAAGGCGAAGAAGGCAAGGCGAAGAAGGCAAGGCGAAGAAGGCAAGGCGAAGAAGGCAAGGCGAAGAAGGCAAGGCGAAGAAGGCAAGGCGAAGAAGGCAAGGCGAAGAAGGCAAGGCGAAGAAGGCAAGGGGAAGAAGGCAAGGGGAAGAAGGCAAGGGGAAGAAGGCAAGGGGAAGAAGGCAAGGGGAAGAAGGCAAGGGGAAGAAGGCAAGGGGAAGAAGGCAAGGGGAAGAAGGCAAGGGGAAGAAGGCAAGGGGAAGAAGGCAAGGGGAAGAAGGCAAGGGGAAGAAGGCAAGGGGAAGAAGGCAAGGGGAAGAAGGCAAGGGGAAGAAGGCAAGGGGAAGAAGGCAAGGGGAAGAAGGCAAGGGGAAGAAGGCAAGGGGAAGAAGGCAAGGGGAAGAAGGCAAGGGGAAGAAGGCAAGGGGAAGAAGGCAAGGGGAAGAAGGCAAGGGGAAGAAGGCAAGGGGAAGAAGGCAAGGGGAAGAAGGCAAGGGGAAGAAGGCAAGGGGAAGAAGGCAAGGGGAAGAAGGCAAGGGGAAGAAGGCAAGGGGAAGAAGGCAAGGGGAAGAAGGCAAGGGGAAGAAGGCAAGGGGAAGAAGGCAAGGGGAAGAAGGCAAGGGGAAGAAGGCAAGGGGAAGAAGGCAAGGAGAAGAAGGCAAGGAGAAGAAGGCAAGGAGAAGAAGGCAAGGAGAAGAAGGCAAGGAGAAGAAGGCAAGGAGAAGAAGGCAAGGAGAAGAAGGCAAGGAGAAGAAGGCAAGGAGAAGAAGGCAAGGAGAAGAAGGCAAGGAGAAGAAGGCAAGGAGAAGAAGGCAAGGAGAAGAAGGCAAGGAGAAGAAGGCAAGGAGAAGAAGGCAAGGAGAAGAAGGCAAGGAGAAGAAGGCAAGGAGAAGAAGGCAAGGAGAAGAAGGCAAGGAGAAGAAGGCAAGGAGAAGAAGGCAAGGAGAAGAAGGCAAGGAGAAGAAGGCAAGGAGAAGAAGGCAAGGAGAAGAAGGCAAGGAGAAGAAGGCAAGGAGAAGAAGGCAAGGAGAAGAAGGCAAGGAGAAGAAGGCAAGGAGAAGAAGGCAAGGAGAAGAAGGCAAGGAGAAGAAGGCAAGGAGAAGAAGGCAAGGAGAAGAAGGCAAGGAGAAGAAGGCAAGGAGAAGAAGGCAAGGAGAAGAAGGCAAGGAGAAGAAGGCAAGGAGAAGAAGGCAAGGAGAAGAAGGCAAGGAGAAGAAGGCAAGGAGAAGAAGGCAAGGAGAAGAAGGCAAGGAGAAGAAGGCAAGGAGAAGAAGGCAAGGAGAAGAAGGCAAGGAGAAGAAGGCAAGGAGAAGAAGGCAAGGAGAAGAAGGCAAGGAGAAGAAGGCAAGGAGAAGAAGGCAAGGAGAAGAAGGCAAGGAGAAGAAGGCAAGGAGAAGAAGGCAAGGAGAAGAAGGCAAGGAGAAGAAGGCAAGGAGAAGAAGGCAAGGAGAAGAAGGCAAGGAGAAGAAGGCAAGGAGAAGAUGGCAAGGAGAAGAUGGCAAGGAGAAGAAGGCAAGGAGAAGAAGGCAAGGAAGGCAGUGA